UAAAACCUUAAUUAAUGGAGGCUCUCCAUUCUUCUCACGAAACAUAUGUACUACAAGGUAUUACAAAAUGGAAACAUUAUAGUAAUCCUUUAAAAAUGCAUUAAAUUAGAUGACAUUCUGGCUUUUAAAACAGGGAUUCUAGUACUCUUUUCUGUCCUCUUUUUUCUCUAUCUGCUGUUAGAGCGGUUACAAUGUAUCCAAUAAGUCACUGAGAGCAACUGUUUGGAAGAAGAAAGGCACAUAAUUUCACAAUUUCAAGCUUCCCAUAAGCUUCCAAUUUCUUCAUUUUCCUUCUUCCUUCAGCAAAGUACAAACAUAAUCGCCGAAACCCUCCUCCAGUUUUUGUCCUCUCCCUCUUUUUUACACGGGCAGAACAAUAUCAUAUAUUCACAAUCUGGAUUAUUCACCCACUGUCUGACUGCAAAAGCACGGUUUUUGAACGGGGUUUUUGGUCUGAAAAUGAGAAAUAUAACGGCUUGUUACAGCGAACAUGCGAUCAAGGUAUCAAAUUCCUACUGUUCAGGGGCUUCCAAUCAGGUUUAUCUCUCCCCAAACUUGAUUCCUUCUGUUCAAAACGCUGUCACAUGUAUAUACAGAGUCAAUCUCUCUGCACAGAAGCCGUUAUUCAUCAGAAUUACGUGGUCCAACUCAGUAACUCAAGGCUUUUCAUUAGGUGUUUCCGAUGAUUCACGCAGUUUAAGCAGGAAUUUGAGGCAAUUAAAGAAGGCCAAAGGCACUAAAGCCUUCGAUUGUUGCAAUUCGAGUAUUGAAGUUUUCUGGGAUUUGUCCCGAGCGACUUAUGAUCUUGGCCCGGAGCCAGUUAGUGGAUUUUAUGUUGUAGUCUGGGUCAGUUCAGAGCUUGGUCUAUAUCUCGGCGACUUGGAAGAAGAAUUGGACUGCAAGAAUGGCUCCUCUGUUCUUGGUGAAGUUGCAAACUUUUCAUUGGUUUCUCGCAGUGAACAUUUGUCAGGAAAUGCUCUGUAUUCAACCAGGGCUCAAUUCUCCGAUGGAGGAACGUGUCACGACUUAGUGAUCAAAUACUCGGGACAAGAUACGGGUUCGAAAUGCGCGGAAUUAAAUGUUUCCAUCGACAAGAAGAAUGUGAUCCAAGUGAAGAGGUUACAGUGGAAUUUCAGAGGCAACCAGACAAUCUUUGUGGAUGGAUUAUUGGUGGACAUGAUGUGGGAUGUUCAUGAUUGGUUCUUUGAUCCGGCUUCUGGAUAUGGGGUUUUCUUGUUCAGAACAAGAAGUGGUUUUGAUGGCAGAUUAUGGUUAGAGGAGAAAAUAGUGGAGCAAAAAGACCAAGAGAAAAUUGGAUUCUCAUUGUUGAUAUGUGCUUGUAAGGCCUCUCACUAAUCAUUUCUUGUCUCUCCUCUCUUUUUUUUUUUUUUUAAUUGAGGUUCCUACACCAAAAUUUAACGGUUUUUCCCUUUUCUGGGUUGACUUGGUUAUUGUGCCAGAUGCAUUGUUAAACCUUAACUAUCCAUAUACUUACAUAUGAAUCCGAUUUAGUUGGAAUACUAGACAAAAAUCACUUUGAUAUGCAGAAGUUGUUGAUCUGAAGUGUCUGUUUUUAUAUGAAAUGGCACUUCCACUUGUGAGAUCAAUGUAAAGAUCAUUUCCCAACCUAUAUAUUCUAUUAAUGGAUGAUCCUGAUAUGUACAGUUUCCAUUCUCUUGCGUUUAUGUAUGGUUUUCCAUUUAAAAGAUUACUUCUUUCAUGUUAGUCUCACAAUAUCUGCCUUGUUAAAACCAAUGUUGAAGUUUGUCAUUAUAAUUUGAUUGUAUCUUCCGCUUUUUUACCAUGCGGAAGUUUCAAAG